UGCUCUAUUAUAAAAAUAAAGCUAAUUUGUACCAUUCAACAGAGUCAACAGCAACUUUUUUACAUUAUGCUUCAUGUAAAUUUUUCAAAAAUUGUUAAAUAUUUCUCAAAGGGCAUCAGUGCGGUAUUUGAUUUUAAGAAUUGCGUAUGAGAGCAAUUUAGGGCGAAUUGUAUAAAUUAAAUGUGGUGUUCCCAAACUAGUGAUAUAGGCAACCAAUUAUACAACAGCCAAGCCUUGACCGUUUUGCCGAUUAAAAAUAGAAAUAGUUCUUGAUUAGGUACUGACAAAAACCUUUAAACUAAGUCACCAACACAAUAAAGCCUUUAUCUAGCCCACAUAGGCCCAUUAAAAACCAAUUACGUCCCCAUUCCUGGUAAAAAUAAAGAUUAAUUGAUGCAAAAACACGCGGCCUCAUCUAUUUACAUUAAAUUAAGCCCGUCCCGGCCGAAGAAAAAUCAACCUAAUAAGCACUCAAUGUUAAAGCGAUGGACGAGCCGAUUAAAAGCACGCAACCACAAUUAAAAGCCUCAUAUAUCACCGUAAUCUUGUCUGAAAAUGUCACUCCACGUUAUCAUUUCAUGCCGACCAUGCCCAUCAUUGAAGAUGUCACAUAUGGAAAGGUUCAAAGGAAUUUUAUCGUCCAGGUUUACCGGAAGAAAAAAAGCGGGCGCAGGAUGUACUCAGAGGGGAAUAUAAUCAGGCCAAGGAAAAUCCAAGGCUGGACGCAACCGAACUUCUCAUCGCCCGUUUUCCGGAUCGAAGAUGAGUUCGCGUUAGCGUUGCCGUUACGGAGCGGCUCAAACCCGACAAGACGCAAUCACACGGAAGUUGUGAAAAAGUUUCUCAAAGUUGUUUUACGCAACGUUGAGAAUUAUUGCGAUAAAAGUACGCUGCAUGGGUUGAAAUAUAUUGGAGAUACUUCACUUUCAUUGGUUGAAAGAAUUUUUUGGUUGCUCGCUUUUGUCUCAGCGUUCGUUUUUGCCUGCUAUUACAUCAGUAAUAUUUUCGAUAAAUGGAACAGUAACCCGGUCUUAGUGGCCUUUAACCCCACUGAUGCCACUUUUAAUCAAAUUCCGUUCCCGUCAAUUACCAUUUGUAGCAUGAAUCAAAUAAAGCGGGUCGAAGCCGAACGGAUUUUAAGCGAACAAAACCCGGUCGAGCGCCAGUUAUUGAACGACUAUUGCAAUUUUAAUAAUAACAGUCUGGAAACAGCAGUUCAGUCCCCGAAUUGGGAAACAGUCCAGAAUUUUUUAAUCAGAGUUGGACAAACAUGUUCCGACUCAAUCAAGUCAUGUAUUUGGCAAAACGACAAUAUCAGUUGUGAGGAAUAUUUCAACAAUGACUUAACAGACGAAGGACUUUGCUGCUCCUUUAACCGCCUCCCUGCUGAAAAUAUUUUCAAAAACCCUGAUGAUUACACUUACCUUAACCACACGUUCCCGAAACGAAUUUACGACUGGAGCCCUGAAAAGGGCUUCAAAGAUGACAAUGACGGGGACAUGGGGACCAUCCCCAUCAGGCCCAGCGGGUCAGGGACCCAUCUGGGUCUGUCCAUCGUGGUGGAUGCCCAAACUGAUAAUUAUUUCUGUUCCUCGACCAACAGUAUCGGAUUUAAGAUUGUGUUGUCUAAUCCGAUCGAGACGCCCAAAAUCCAGGAUUAUGGUUUUUUGGUGAGUCCUGGAGUUGAGGCGCGGUAUGUUAUCCAGCCGGAAAUCCGGGAAGCAACAAGGUCGUUAAGGUCCGUCGAUGUGGGGAAAAGACAGUGUUUUUUUCAGGAUGAACGUCCGUUGAGAUAUUUCAGGAGUUACACAAAACGUAACUGUCGCCUCGAAUGCCAAUCAAACCACACAUUGAGGAAGUGUGGUUGCAUCCCUUAUUACUUACCAAAAAAUAAAAAAGUUCUAGAUUGUGGCAAACGGGACGAAAAGUGCGCAAGUCAGGCCAAAGAGGACAUGGAACUCAUCUACGGGAACGGAUCGAGUUGUAACUGUUUGGCAAGUUGUUACGAAAUGAAUUUCGAGACAAGCGCAACUUACAGUAAAUUGUAUCAAAUGUCCAAAAAUCAGCGUUUGGAGAACGUCACUAACGAAUACUUCGUGAAAAACAUGGCCGUGCUCCAUUUCUUUUUCAAAGAGAACCGGUAUCGGCGUCAGAUUAAAAGCGAAAUUUACGGCUUCACUGAAGUUUUAUCGAACGUUGGCGGCCUCUUAGGCCUCUGCCUCGGUUUCAGCAUUUUAAGCCUAAUCGAGAUUUGCUAUUAUCUGAGUCUGAAAAUAUUGUGCGGGUUCGUACAAACCCGGAAAAAGGGCCACAAGAGUAGGGGAAAAAACGAAAAUCUCAACAACAGUGUUAUCCCAUUCAUGAGCUAGCAAGGCCAAGCUAGUUGCAAAAUAUACAGGUGAGAUUAAGAAUUCCAGGGUGCACCCUGUACAUCAGGGACGAGUUAUUGUCAAGAUUGAGAGACUCGUUACACUUACUUAGAUUAUUAUUUGGCAUAAGAAUAAAACAAUAAAUAUACAAAUAAAAUUUAAAACUUA